UCAGCACCUGUGGCACAGAGGGGCCAGGACGCUGCACUCCUCCGCCCAGCUCGGGUUUGCUCCCAAGCCCACCUUGCUGCAUCCAGACCUGCUCACCCCUUUUAAGACCCACCUGCCCACCAGGACUCCCACAGCCCCCCGCAAAAGCUGCAGCCCCCUUUGCCAAGAUGUCUAAGGUAGCCAAGUAUCGCCGGCAGGUGAGCGAAGACCCCGAUAUCGACAGCCUGCUGUCCACCCUGUCUCCUGAGGAGAUGGAGGAGCUGGAGAAAGAGCUGGAUGUGGUAGACCCAGAUGGGAGCAUUCCUGUGGGGCUGCGGCAGAGAAACCAGACGGAGAAGCCGUCCACGGGCGUGUACAACCGGGAAGCCAUGCUCAACUUCUGUGAAAAGGAGACCAAGAAACUGAUUCAGAGGGAGAUGUCCAUGGAUGAAAGCAAGCAAGUGGAGACCAAGACAGAUGCCAAGAAUGGAGAGGAAAGGGGCCGAGAUGCCAGCAAAAAAACCCUGGGCUCCAGACAGGACCCAGACCUGGGGAAGGAGCCAAAGAGGGGUGUCUUAAAGAAAAGCUUCUCAAGAGACAAAGAUGAAACUGAUGGCAAAGGUGGUGAGAAGCCCAAGGAGGAGAAGAUCAUCAGGGGCAUUGACAAGGGCCGGGUCAGGGCUGCAGUGGACAAGAAGGAGGCAGGCAAGGAUGGCAGAGGCGAGGAGAGUGUCAUGGCCACGAGGAAGGAAGAUGAGAAGAAAGCCAGUGACAGGAACACAGGUUUGAGCAGAGACAAAGAUAAGAAGAGAGAGGAGAUGAAGGGAAUAACCAGGAAAGAGGAUAAUGUGAAGGUAAAAGCUGAAAGUAGGAACACAGACACCAAAAAAGAGGAUGAGAAGACGAAAAGAGGAAGUAAGGACACAGACAUGAAGAAGGAGGGUGAGAAAGUCAAGAAGGAGUCUCACAAUGAAAAUUGGCCCCAGGAAGACAGCAAGACCAAAGUUCCAGAAGGAACCAGUUCAGAGAAACAGGCCCCCAGUGGCCCCACCAAGCCCUCUGAAGGGCCUGCCAAGGCGGAGGAGGAAGCAGCUCCCAGCAUAUUUGAUGAGCCUCUGGAGAAAGUGAAGAACAAUGACCCGGAGAUAACCGAGGUGAAUGUCAACAACUCAGACUGCAUCACAAAUGAGAUCUUGGUCCGGUUUACCGAGGCCCUGGAAUUCAACACUGUAGUCAAGGUUUUUGCCCUGGCCAACACACGAGCUGAUGACCACGUGGCCUUUGCCAUUGCCAUCAUGCUCAAAGCCAACAAGACCAUCACCAGCCUCAACCUGGACUCCAACCACAUCACAGGCAAAGGCAUCCUGGCCAUCUUCCGGGCCCUCCUCCAGAACAACACGCUGACCGAGCUCCGCUUCCACAACCAGCGACACAUCUGUGGCGGUAAGACGGAGAUGGAGAUCGCCAAGCUGCUCAAGGAGAACACCACCCUGCUCAAGCUGGGCUACCAUUUUGAGCUGGCUGGGCCCCGAAUGACCGUCACCAACCUGCUCAGCCGAAACAUGGACAAGCAGCGACAAAAAAGGCUGCAGGAACAAAGGCAGGCACAGGAGGCCAGCAGAGAGAAGAAUCUGCUGGAGGUGCCCAAGGUGGGUGCUGUGCCCAAGGGCUCCCCCAAGCCCUCACCCCAGCCAUCUCCAAAGCCCUCGCCAAAGAACUCGCCUAAGAAGGGGAGCGCUCCAGCUGCCCCACCCCCACCUCCACCUCCCUUGGCCCCACCCCUUAUCAUGGAGAACCUGAAGAACUCACUCUCGCCAGCUACCCAGAGGAAGAUGGGAGACAAAGUCCUCCCUGGUCAGGAGAAGAACUCACGUGACCAGCUAUUGGCCGCCAUCCGCUCCAGCAACCUCAAGCAGCUCAAGAAGUUAAGUAGUUGUGGGCAUGGGCCAACAGGGCUGGGCAGGGGCUUGGAGGAGAGGGCAGGGUCGCAAAGGGGGCGGGGGGGGGGUGAUGCAGAGGGAGCUGACGCCAGGCUGCAGGCAAUAAGAGACUCCCAAGGUCGACAGGGGACUUCAGGUCAUCCAUCCUCCUGCCUCCAGGCAGGUGCAUCUGUAUCUCCCCUUAAGGUGAGAUUCUAUCCUUACUUUCAGGAGCUUCCUUCAGCAUCUCACCGCACACAUCUCACCCCUCCAUCCUGCAAUUAAACCUGUUUGUCCUAGAGAUGGAAAAGCAGCCUCUACAUAGCAGUUCCGCCUCAGGCCCUUUAAGUCUUCUCUUCCCUACCAUGAUCUUUAUUUUACUUAAUUCUCUCUCAGGACCAGCCAAGUCCUAUAGGUCAGUUUAUCCCAAAGGCCUUUGAGAGAUUUGCUCUGUGGGAGAGCUCUACCUUUGACUAACCAGUGCCAUGGACACACAAGCCACUCCUGGAAGCCCUACUUCUCAAAGCCCCACCUCCCCGGAGGCCCUGCCUAGGUUGCAAAGUCCAUGGCCAUCUGCCCAUCUGACUGGAUGGUGGCAGCUGACCCUACCCCCACAACAUCAUUUAGGACUAGAUACCAUGAGAGAAAACCAAACCUGUUGCUGUCCGGUUGAUUCUGACUCAUAGCAACCCCAUGGGACAAAGUAGAACGGCCCCACAGAGUUUCCAAGGAGUGCCUGGUGGAUUUGAACUGCUGACCUUUUAGUUAGCAGCCGUAGCAGUUACCCACUAUGCCACCAGGGUUUCCCCAUGACAGAAAGGACAAUCUCGAUUAUAAUUCCAGUGGUCAUUUGAUGAUAACCAAUUUUUACAAAAGGAAAAGUGUUCCCUCUGCAUUAACAUCUCAUUUCUUAAUUCCACAGGAAUAUGCUGAGGUGCCAGAAACCCCGGUGGCAGCGUAGUGAAGUGCUACGGCUGCUAACCAAAAAGUUGGCAGCUCGAAUCCACCAGGCGCUCCUUGGAAACUCUAUGGGGCAGUUCUACUCUGUCCUAUUGGGUUGCUACGAGUCGGAGGAGACUCAACAGCAACGGGUUUGGUUUGGUAUAUUGAGACAUCUAGUGUGUAGUCCUUCCAGAAGGAAAGUGAGAUGAGUUUCAGAGGCCCUUGCCAGGCUCCCUACUCUAACCUGUCUCUGCUUUACUCCUGCAGGUGGAAGUGCCCAAACUGCUUCAGUAGGACCAGGCUGCCGGGCCUCACCUCCCAGGGCUACACAGACCCCGCCUGCCCCACCCCGACUGCCCUGCUGUGGAUGAUCCUAUUCUGUCAUGGGAGAGCUUGAGACCUGGGCCACGCUCAAGAAAGGAUGUCUUAUCUCCCCUCACUUUCCUUUUCUUGUCUCUGAGACUCUCCAAAAAUUUCUUUUUUUACUUGGAGCUGAGGUUUCUGGACAAGAAGAGUCCUUUUAGCAUGUCACUGAGAAGAUGGUGCUGCCCUGGGCCCAUGUAGCUGGCAAGCCGUGGAAGGCCUGUGAUUCAGGAAAGACGUCCCACAGGGACCACAUCACCACCCCAGCCCCACUGUCCUCCAGGGCCAGGAUUCAGGCCUCUGAGGAGCCCUUGGGGCAAAGCUACUGGGCAGUGGAACUCUGUGUGAGUGAACGGCAGAGGAACUGGGAGGGCAUGGGGCCUCGGGGGUCAGUGGGGAGGGCUGAGAAUACCCUCAAACCCUUCCCUCUGUGAGCCCAGGCUAAGCAGAGGACGUGGCAGGGGCAGUUGCCCUGCAUAGACAGUGCCUGGUGGGGAGUGGGCUCCAGAGGGGAGGAGAGGGACAGACAGCAGCUGGACCGGAAUGAAGGUUUGAUGCCAAAGCAGACAUUUUCCUUACACCCAUCUGCUGUUGUAUAAAUAGGCUGUGUAUCUGUUUUUCCAUAAGAUUUUGAUAAUAUAUACAAACCUUAGCUGUGAA